AUGUAUGUAUGUGAAGUAAGAAGUCCAUACCUUGGAACUAAAGAAAUGGAGGUGAGCAUGGCAAUGGUGAUGGGUGUUGGAUUGGUCCUGCUGCUGCUGAUUCUAACACGGGCCUUGCUUCGUGCAAGUGCUUUCCCAAAGGAAAUGGAUGGCAUCCCAGGUAGCCUUGGUUGGCCAUUUGUAGGAGAGAGUUUGUCCUUCAUAUCUGAAUUUUCAAGUCCUGCUGGUAUUUUCAGUUUCAUGAACAAAAGGCAACAAAGAUACGGAAAAGUGUUUAAGAGCUAUGUUCUAGGACGGUAUAUGGUGUUUACGACUGGUAGGGAAGCAAGUAAGAUGUUAUUAACAGGAAAAGAUGGGAUGGUUAGCUUGAACCUGUUCUACACCGGUCAGAAGGUGUUGGGCCCCAAUAGUUUGCUUCAGCAGAACGGUGAAGACCACAAGCGCCUCAGACGUCUUAUUGCUGAACCCCUCUCCAUUGACGGCCUCAAGAAAUAUUUCCAGUUCAUCAACACUCUGGCAGUUGAAACAUUUGAUAAGUGGCCAGGACAAAAAGUCCUGGUUCUUGAAGAGGCUUCAACAUUCACCUUGAAGGUUAUCGGCAACAUGAUAAUGAGCUUAGAGCCUACUGGGGAGGAACAAGAAAAAUUCCGAGACAAUUUUAAAAUAAUUUCAUCCUCCUUUGCAUCCUUGCCCUUUAACGUUCCAGGGACUGCCUUCUACCGUGGUAUGAAGGCUCGCGAUAGGAUGUUUGAGAUGUUAGACACGAUCAUAGCAAGACGAAGAAAUGGAAAUGACUUCCAACAAGAUUUCUUAGGGUCGUUGAUUAAGAAGCAUAGCAAAGAAGGGAAAGACGACGAUGAAAAACUGACGGAUGCACAAAUGAAGGACAACAUAUUAACACUGCUAAUCGCGGGUCAUGACACAACAACUGCUGCCCUUACAUGGCUCAUUAAAUUCCUGGAAGAAAAUCCCGCAGCCUUGGAUAAACUCAGGGAGGAGCAUAUGGAAAUCCGGAGUAAGAGAAAACUUGAAUCAGGUCUCACCUGGUCUGAAGUUAACAACAUGCCUUAUACAGCGAAAGUAGUUAGCGAGACUCUACGAAGAGCAACAAUCUUACCUUGGUAUUCCAGAAAAGCUGCACAAGACUUUGAGAUCAAUGGAUACAGUAUCAAGAAAGGUUGGUCCGUGAACUUGGAUGUAGUGUCUAUUCACCAUGAUCCACAAGUUUUUGCUGACCCUCAUAAAUUUGAUCCAUCUAGAUUUAAUGAUCACUUAAGACCUUUCAGCUUCCUUGGGUUUGGUAACGGACCACGUAUGUGCCCUGGAAUGAAUCUGGCCAAGCUAGAAAUCUCCAUUUUCAUUCAUCACCUUGUCUGCAGAUACAAGUGGAAAGCUCUUGAGAAAGAUGACUCCGUCCAGCCAACACUUGUCCGGAUGCCAAAGAACAAGUACCCGAUCUUUGUCGAGCUGCUGUAGUGAAUUUCCUUAAAUGAACUUAAUGGAACGAAAGCUAAGGAUGACAAUAAACAGAAGUGAUAACAGCCAAAUAAUUAUGUUUUGCCAACUUUUUAUUAGA